CCCCCGUAUCAGAGGAGUAGAAACAACAAGCCGCCAUUUUGUUUGUGCGGACAGACCGUCAGAAACAGGAGGAGAUAACCGAGAGAAGGAGCGACUCCGGCAACCGAAGGCAGCCGCUCCGGGAAGCGCCGGGAGAAAAAGUGGCGAAAGCCUGUCCGUGUUAUCAAGAGAGAGAGCAUCACCAAAAAGAUAAGACGUCUGAGGAAGAAAAAACCGAGAGGGUGAUAUAUAUAAAUAUAUAUAAAUAUAUGAAUGCAUGAGAAGGAAAUACUCCGAAAAAUCCAAGGAAGGGGGUGUUUUGCGGAGCGGAGAGGAGAGGCGGAAGAGGGCUAUAUAUUAUUCUAAGGAGGAAAAACCUGCGAAAAGGGGAUAACAUCAACAUGAAAGAUCAUUAUGUGUCCGUCGCGGAGGAAGGAAAGAGUCCGCAUAGACAAUUAUAUAAAUAAAUUGCUGCCGGGCAGAAGGGAGAGGUGGAAAGAAAGACGGGUUUAAAGAGAAGGGGAAAAUUGCCAGGAUCGACACGAAGGGGGGCAUUCUCCAUCACAAAGAGUCAAUGAGAGGAUUUUUUUCAGUCCAAAAUAUUUUAAGGGAGGUGUCAACAUUAUUGUGCCGAGCUGAAGCUUUCCGCUUCCGAAAUAGCCAUAAUUUCUUAGCGAUCCACCGUCAUCUUUUAUCACGUUUAUUGCCUGUCUGCUGUCCGCCGCUGCUUCGCUCCUGCUUCGGGAUAAGAUCUCUCUUUUUUCCUCGCUUGCAUGACCAAGACAUCUUACAAGCAGUGGCUGAUAGACAUUUCGGGGGAUGAGAGUGAUUCUUUUUAUUUUUUUCAUUUUUUCCUGAGAUUUCAAGUGUUGAAACCAAACGAGGAACCGGAGGAGGAACCUCUUCUGGAACACAAGAUAGUAAACCCCACAGAUUGUCCUCUGCAAAAUAAAACUAAUUGGAUCAAUCUGACUGCCCGCUGAUUGGCAAUUAGUGCUAUGAUUGCCCUCCAGAACUAUACUGUCCAAGAAAUCAAGUCUGCAUCAAAAUCGAUUGCACAAGAGCACUGAUUUAUGACAACAUCUUCAAUUUCCACCUUUGCAAGCCCACUGACUGCAAUAGAUGUACUCAUGCUAAAGAUUGCAACAACCAAAUGUGCAAUAUGAGUGCGUUGUUUCUGACCCAGUGCCUUGCAUGGUCACACACUAAGUGCACAAUCUAGUCGGCAUGCACAUGCAAAAGAAAACAAAUGCAUGAAAAUAUGCAUUCGCAAUAGAUUUUCUAUAAACUCUAAGUGUUGGACUCCAGUGUUUUCAUCCUUCUGCAGAACUGUUAUACUAUUUAUUCGGUUACUGUUAAGGCAAUGCAAGUACUUUUUUCUCCAGUAUUGCACUUGAGAGUACCACUUAUGCUUUAAUUGUGUUUGCAAACCACUGCUGGGGUUCUCCACACACCGGUGGACUGUCUUUUUAGUUUGUAAAGGAAUCCGUGGUAGUGACAGCAGUGAGAUGUCCGAUGAGCUGAGAGAAAUGGUAAAUGCAACAGAGCAUCUCUUAACUGUUGCAUGAGAAAACCAAAAGUUAACAGAGGAAAACUUCUGCUUUAUGUUUUUGGACCACAAUUCUCAUUUUCGUUGCCUGGACAGACUCUUCACUGGAGCGUUUCAGACCUGAAAUACAGGAUUUUCCGCCGACUAUGGCGGACAAGACUGAACGCACCACGGAGGACGGAUCUCGGGACAAUUUUUGUGUCGCAGAAGAGGCUACAUGAGGUUGACAGAGGGCCGCACGCUUGCCUUUUCGCCGACUCCACCUUCCCACCUCCUCCUGUUCAAAUCUGUGAAGAAACAAAAUCUCCGACAGGGGAGGGGGGCUGAUAUCUGCAGAGAGGAAUAAACCUAGAGGGCUGUGGGGGAGAGAGUUCAACAUUGCUGUCUUCUCCCCUACCGUCCCCCAAGCGGUGGGGGAACGAUCAGAAGCAUUUCUUAAAGGGAUAAGGAGACGCAAAUAAGGGAAAUAAAUUUGCCCUUCGUGGAUCUACAGUAUUUUUUUAAUUCGUGAAAAAUAUGGCCGAUAAUGUCCUGGAGUCCGGCCCGCCUUCAGCCAAGAGGCCCAAGCUGUCUUCUCCAGCUCUCUCGGUGUCUGCCAGUGAUGGGAAUGAUUUUGGUUCUCUCUUUGACCUGGAGCAUGACCUCCCAGAUGAGCUCAUCAGUUCCUCCGAUCUCGGGCUGACAAACGGAGGGGAUGCCAGCCAGCUUCACACCAGUCUUGGAGGGCUUGGAGGAGGGAUUGGCAUCGGAGGAGGCCAGGAUGCAGCUUCAAAACACAAACAGCUGUCUGAACUUCUGCGUGCUGGAGCACCAGCACAGCAGGGUGGCCCCUCUCCCAACAACACAGGACCAGGGGCCGCCAUGGGGAUGUUGGGGGGUGUCAAUGUCUCCUCCAGUGGACCUCAAGGAAUGCCCCCUCAGGGCCAGCAGCAACAGCCUGGAUUAAUGCAGCAGGUCGGGAUGGUUGGAGGGGUGGCAGCACUCAAUCGGGCAGCCGCCAUGAUGGGUGCCCAGAAGGGUAAUGCUGGACAGCAGCAGCAAGGACUAAUGGGGGCGCAGGUUAUGAAUGGCUCACCAAGAAUGGGUUACCCUGGCAGUGCAGCCAUGGGUAACAAUAGUAACCUGUUGGCGGAAACCCUACAACAGCAACCAGGAGGUCAACAAAUGGGCCCUGGGGGCCAGGCAGGGAUGAGACCACAGCAACCUGGGGCACUGAACAAGAUGAAUAUGAUGGCCAAUGCGGGCCCCUAUGGUGGUCCGUACGGCCAGUCUGCUGGCCAGGGGCUGCCUGGAGCAGGGCUGGGCCCACAGCUCCAGAAUAAGGCAGGUCUGCAAAACAGUAUGGCCAACCAGUUUAACAUGGACAAGAAGACAGUACCGGGCCAAAGCAUGCCUGGGAUGGCCUCCCAGCAGCAGCCUGCAGCAGUGGGCGGUGUACCAGUCGGAGCAGCAGCAGCAGCAGCAGUUGGAGGGGCCCAGGUUGGGCUUGGUGCUGUAGGGACAGGUCCUGGCACAGCGCCCCCUACAGCAGACCCUGAGAAGCGGAAGCUGAUUCAACAGCAGCUGGUGCUUUUGCUCCAUGCACACAAGUGCCAGCGGAGGGAGCAAGCCAACGGGGAAGUGCGGCAGUGUAACCUGCCCCACUGCCGCACCAUGAAGAACGUGCUCAACCACAUGACUCAUUGCCAGGCUGGCAAGUCCUGCCAGGUGGCUCACUGUGCCUCAUCCAGACAGAUCAUCUCUCAUUGGAAGAACUGCACACGACACGACUGUCCUGUAUGUCUGCCACUGAAGAAUGCUGGAGACAAGAGGAACCAGCAGUCUCUUGUCAGCAGUGCAGGGGUGGGUUUGGUGAACUCCUUAGGGCCAGGGGUCCCAGGUGGACAGGCCAACUCUCCAAACCUGAAUCCCCCCAGCCAGAUCGACCCCAGCUCCAUAGAGAGGGCCUACGCUGCCCUUGGGCUCACUUACCAGGGCAACCAGAUGCCACAACAGCCACCUCAGGCCAAUAUGCCAAACCAGGGGCUGCAGGGGCAGCCUGGGAUGAGGACUCUGAGCAACAUGGGGGGAAACUCUAUGGGAGUGAAUGGUGGAGUGGGGGUGCAGCCUCCCAACCAGCAGUCUAACCUACUGCCAGACUCCAUGUUGCACAACAGCAUGAAUGCACAGAGUUUAAUGAAUGAUGGUGUGGGGACCCUGGGCUCUAUGCCUACAGCUACUAAUCCUUCCGCUCCAGGUAUGAGGAAGUCUUGGCAUGAAGAUAUCACACAGGACCUCCGGAACCACCUUGUUCACAAGCUUGUGCAGGCCAUCUUCCCGACUCCAGACCCUGCUGCACUGAAGGAUAGACGGAUGGAAAAUCUGGUAUCUUACGCUCGAAAAGUAGAGGGUGACAUGUACGAGUCCGCCAAUAGUCGGGCGGAGUACUACCACCUCCUGGCAGAGAAGAUCUAUAAAAUCCAAAAGGAGCUGGAGGAAAAGAGGAGGACACGGCUCCAGAAGCAGGGCAUGAUGCCUGGCCAGCCUGGCAUGGCCUCCUCAGGGAUACCACAAGGGCCUCCCAGCAUGGGACAGCCACCCAUGGCCCCUGGACAACCCCCAAAUGGUCCUCAUGCAGAUCCGUCCAUGGUCCGACCAACAGGACCCAGUCAGAUGGUCAACAGGAUGCAGAACCCAGCAGGUAUGAACCAGUUUGGUCAAAUGGGGAUGCAGUCUAUGGGUCAAAGGUCAACACCUCCUCUUCCUCAUAAUGCUCCAAUGAGCCAGAUGGGUAUGACAGGAACAAGAAUGGGUCAGCCCAAUGCCACGCAGUUACAGAACCAGUAUCUCCCUCCAGGCCAGUUCCCAGGGUCCAGUCCUGCCCUUGGUUCUGGUACCGUUGGAGUUAACCAGACAGGGGCACAAAAUGCUGUACCACCGCAGAACCAAAUGUCAACGCCGCCUUCCCUCCCGGCCAGCAGCCCUGCAGCACAGUCCACCCCCUCUGCUCCAGGCUCUGGAGCUCCUGGAGGCUCCCUUGGGUCUGGCGGAGUCUCUAAUGCUGGGCCUCUUCCCAGCCUUCCUCCAUCGUCCACCUCCUCCCAGUCCAACUCGUACCCUCACUGUCCACCCAUCCGAACCAACUCCCCCUCACCAGCACGCAGCUUAACACCUCAACCCCAUCAAACGCCCCCAACAUUACCUCGUUCCCAGACCCCUCAACCCAAGACACCCAGCACGCCCCAGCUCCCUGCUCCACAGCCUCCUCAGCAACAUCAGCAACAACAACAGCAACAACAACAACAACAGCAGCAACAACAACAACAACAACAGCAGCAGCAGCAACAACAACAACAACAACAACAACAACAACAGCAGCAGCAACAACAGCAGCAAACAGGGCAGGGGGUGAAGUCUGAGAAAGCCAGUCAGCUUCCACAGCAGCCGCUUGGGAACAUGGCCUCCUCAGGUCCCCAAUCCGGCCAGGCUUCUUCAGUGCCUACCCAGAAUGCUCAUGUGCCAUUGCAGCCACCUAAGACCCCAGCAUCUCCCAAGCCUUCUGUGACAGCAGACAGUCAGGUGUCCUCUCCAGCCUCGGUCAGCAGCAAUACUGAAUCCAAAUCCCAGCUCGCCCCAGCAGACGACCCAGCCCCGGGCCAAGAAGAUGUCAAAAUGGAAGUGACAAAGCAGGAAGAGGACGACGAAGGGGCUGAAACCCAAGAAGAGGGCAAGGGGAAGACGGGCAAGGGUCAGCCUGACGUGAAGACAGAAGACAAACCAGAUAUAAAGAAAGAGAAGACACCAGGAGAUGGAUGUAAAGGCGAGCCCAUGGAUACUUCUUCCUCCUCUGUGUCGUCAUCAGCAACAGCAGAUGAAGACAAGAAGCCAGAGGUGAAGAAGGAGCCUAAGGAGGAAGAGGACGGGUCAGGGUCAACAGCCACCAACAGCUCCCCCGCCAGCACUCAGAGCAAAAAGAAAAUCUUUAAGCCGGAGGAGCUGCGUCAGGCUCUGAUGCCCACUCUGGAGGCUCUGUACCGGCAGGACCCUGAGUCCUUGCCCUUCCGUCAGCCGGUGGACCCCCAGUUACUGGGAAUACCCGACUACUUUGACAUAGUGAAGAAUCCCAUGGACUUGUCAACCAUCAAACGGAAGCUGGACACAGGACAGUACCAAGAGCCAUGGCAGUACGUGGAGGAUAUCUGGCUGAUGUUCAAUAACGCCUGGCUGUACAACCGCAAGACAUCCCGCGUCUAUAAGUACUGCUCCAAACUGGCUGAGGUGUUCGAGUCGGAGAUUGAUCCUGUCAUGCAGGGACUAGGAUACUGUUGUGGGAGGAAGUUUGAGUUUUCCCCACAAACUCUAUGCUGCUAUGGAAAACAAUUAUGCACCAUCCAACGUGACGCUGCUUAUUUUAGCUACCAGAACAGUUCACCAAAAUAUGGGCUUCUUGCUGACAGGUACCACUUCUGUGAGAAGUGUUUCAACGAAAUCCAGGGCGAGAGUGUUUCCCUGGGGGACGACCCCUCCCAACCUCAGACGUCCAUCAACAAAGACCAGUUCCAACGGAAGAAGAAUGACACACUCGACCCUGAGUUGCUUGUGGAAUGUAUUGACUGCGGUCGUAAAAUGCACCAGAUCUGUGUCCUGCAUAAUGAAACCAUAUGGCCAUCGGGUUUUGUGUGCGAUAACUGCCUCAAAAAGGCAAAUAAGACACGAAAGGAGAAUAAAUACGCAGCCAAAAGGCUUCCUCAGACAAAACUUGGAAGCUUUUUGGAGACACGAGUGAACGACUACCUCAAACGGCAGAGCCACCCUGAAUCUGGCGAGGUCACUAUCCGUGUGGUCCACGUCUCAGACAAGGUGGUUGAGGUCAAGCCCGGCAUGAAGUCCAGGUUUGUUGACAGCGGAGAGAUGGCCGAGUCCUUCCCGUAUAGGAUGAAAGCCUUGUUUGCAUUUGAGGACAUUGACGGGGCAGAUGUGUGCUUUUUUGGCAUGCACGUCCAGGAGUACGGUUCAGACUGCCCACCUCCUAAUCAGAGACGAGUGUACAUCUCUUACUUGGACAGCGUGCAUUUCUUCAAACCUCGCCAUCUCAGGACUGCUGUGUAUCACGAGAUCCUGCUAGGCUACCUGGAGUAUGUCAAGAGGCAGGGGUUUACAACAGGCCAUAUCUGGGCUUGUCCGCCCAGUGAAGGGGACGAUUACAUCUUCCACUGUCACCCUGCCGACCAGAAGAUCCCUAAGCCAAAACGCCUGCAGGAGUGGUAUAAGAAGAUGCUGGACAAGGCUGUUGCUGAACGUAUUGUGCAUGAUUACAAGGACAUCUUCAAACAGGCAACAGAAGACCGUCUAACCAGUGCCAAGGAGCUGCCAUACUUUGAGGGAGACUUCUGGCCUAAUGUUCUGGAGGAAAGCAUUAAGGAGCUGGAGCAGGAGGAGGAGGAGCGGAAGAGAGAGGAAAACAGUACCUCAAAUGAAAGCACAGAUGCCACAAAAGGAGACAGCAAGAAUGCCAAAAAGAAAAACAAUAAAAAGACCAGCAAGAACAAGAGCAGCCUGAGCCGAGCCAAUAAGAAGAAACCAGGGAUGCCCAAUGUUUCCAAUGAUCUCUCCCAGAAACUGUACGCCACUAUGGAGAAACAUAAAGAGGUCUUCUUUGUCAUCCGUCUCAUCGCUGGCCCCAUGGCUAAUUCACUGCCCCCCAUCACGGACCCGGACCCCUUGAUGGCCUGUGACCUGAUGGAUGGCCGUGAUGCCUUCCUGACUCUGGCUAGGGACAAACACUUAGAGUUCAGCUCCCUUCGCAGGGCGAUGUGGAGCUCUAUGUGUAUGCUGGUGGAGCUGCACAACCAGAGCCAGGAUCGCUUCGUGUAUACCUGCAACGAGUGUAAACACCACGUGGAGACCCGCUUCCACUGCACUGUCUGUGAGGACUAUGACUUGUGCAUUACCUGCUACAACACUAAAGGUCAUGAGCAUAAGAUGGAUAAAUUGGGUCUUGGAUUGGAUGAUGACAGCAACAAUCAGGCAGCAGCUGCCACACAGAGCCCUGGAGACUCUCGCCGCCUCAGCAUUCAGCGUUGCAUCCAGUCACUGGUCCAUGCAUGCCAGUGCCGAAAUGCCAACUGCUCUUUGCCGUCCUGCCAGAAGAUGAAGCGUGUUGUUCAACACACAAAAGGCUGCAAGCGCAAAACAAAUGGUGGCUGUCCCAUUUGCAAGCAGCUCAUUGCUCUAUGUUGCUACCAUGCCAAACACUGUCAGGAGAACAAAUGUCCCGUCCCGUUCUGCUUGAACAUCAAGCAAAAGCUCCGUCAGCAGCAGCUGCAGCACAGGCUCCAGCAGGCCCAGAUGCUGAGGAGGAGGAUGGCCAGCAUGCAGAGGGUGGGACAGCCAGCUGGAGGCCCACCAGGAGGACCUGUUGUAGGUCUGCCCUCACCGGGGAACAAUGGUACCACAGCACCCAAUACACCCACAUCUGGUGGGACCCAACCCCCAACUCCCCAGACCCCAACUCAAAACAUGCCUCAGGUCCCACCACAAGGAAUGGGCCCCACACCUGGAGUCCAACAGCAGCAGCAGGCAGGUGGAAUGCCCUCACAAAGUGGUAUGCCUUCUCAGCACCAUCUUCACCACCAGUUUCAGCAGAUGGGCGGUGCAGGGGGUGGGGCUGGGGGGAUAAUGAACUCUCCCCAGCAUCAGCAGCAAAUGCUUCCUCAGGUUCAGCAGCAGCAACAAAGUGGAGCAGGGACCAACCCUCAGCAGCUCCAGCAACACCCCAACAAUUUGCCUCCAUAUGCCAGCAGACCACCGGGAUCCUCCCCAAUCCACCAGUCCCAGGGCAAACCAGUCCUUGGCUCUGCAACACCUCCCCAACAGCAGCCUGGUGGUACAAUCAUGCCUGGAAGUGUUGGUGGCCAGCCUCCCACCCAACCACAGGGCCAGCCUCCACUUUCUCAGCAGCAACAGCAGCCCCCUUCUGGCCCUCCACCUGCAGCAGUGGAAAUUGCAAUGAAGAUCCAACAGGUAGCCGACGCUCAAAGGAAGAUGGCACUGCAGAGACAAGCCGCCCAAGCAGCUACAGGCCUGAUGCCACCACACCCCCACCAUCAACAAAGCCAAGGUCAGCAGAUGGGUAUGGGACACCCAGCAGCAGUGGGGAUGGUUGGACCCCAGGGUAUGCCACCACAGAACCAAGCAGCAGUCGCAGCAGCUCGAGCCCACAUGGAUCAACAAAGUGCACCCCCAGGGAUGAUGGUGGGAGCUGGUGGACCCAUGCAGCAGCCCCCGCAGCAGGGUAACCUGCCUCAGGGUCAGCUUCCCCCACAGGUGCAGCUUCAGCAGCAGAGGAUGGGGGUUCCACUUCAAAACCCACAGCAGCAACAGCAGUGGACAGGUCAGGGGAUGCCGCCACAGCAGAGGCAAACAAUGAUGAACCAGAUGAAUCAUCCAGGUAUGAUGGCAGCUCAGCAGCAGCAACAAAUGCAGCAACAACAGCAGCAGCAACAGCAGCAGCACCAGCAAGCUCAGAGCCAUGCUGCCUUGAUGAACAUGGCACAACAGCAGCAGCAAGGUGCUGGUGGUGGUGUUCCAGGCGGAACUGUUCCUGGAGCUGCUGGUGUCCCAGGUGUUGGUACUGGUGGGAACAUCCCACAGGGAGCCCUCCAAGAGCUAUUACAGACACUGCGUUCACCUAGCUCUCCACUCCAGCAGCAGCAAGUCCUCAAUAUCUUGCGGUCAAACCCGCAGCUCAUGGCUGCAUUUAUUAAGCAGAGGGCCUCAAAAUACAAGGGGGGGCCUGGUAGACCACCUGGUGGUGUCCCAGGAGGUCCUGGACCACCAGGGGGUCCUGUUGGAAAUGUCAUGGCAGGAGGAGGCCCACAGGUGAACAUGAAUGCUGCAAGUGGUGGCCAGCCAGGGAUGCACAUGGGAAAUCAGGGAGGGGCAAAUGUGAACAUGGCUGCCAUGGCACAGUUACAGCAAGUACAGCAGCAGCAACAGAUGCAGCAACAGCAGCAGCAGCUACAGCAGCAACAGAGGCCAAUGCUCACUGGAUUACCACAGCAGCAAGUGGCAGCUCUGCAGCAGCAACAACAGGGUGGAGCAAGAGGGAUGCAGGGCCAGGGGCCACAGAUGGCAAAUCUCAACAAUCCUCAAUUCAGAGAGCUGCUCAUGAGACGACAUAUCCAGCAACAGCAGCAACAACAGCAGCAGCAGCAAAUGGGAGUAAACCACGGUCAGUUCCAGCAACCACAGCCACCCCAGGCCCAGGGCUACAUGGGUCAGCCUGGAAUGCAGCCUCCUCCAGUGGGACAGGGUCCAUCAGGCGGUCCUAAUCUUGGCCCUCAGCAGCCCAGUGGUCCUCCAGGCCAGCAGGGCCAAGGUUACCCUGGUUCAGCGCAGCAGCAGGCCACAGCUGCACUCCAGCAGAGGCUCCAGCACCAGCACCACCUCCAGAUGCAGCAGCAGAAUGCGAUGGCUGGUUUGCCUGGUGGUGACACAGGACCUGGUGGAGGAGGAGGGGUGGGAGGUCCUCAGCAGCCACCUCAGGGCCCUCAGCCACCUCAGAGUGGCCCUCCACCACCGUCCUCUCAGGCCUUGCUUCAGCAGGCCAUUCACCAGAGGUUGCUCCAACAGCAGCAGCAUCUUGGCCCUGGGGGGUCACCAGCCCAGCACAGCAAUCCCAUGAGCCCUCAGCAGCCGCAGCAGAUGGCUCAGUCUCCACACCCACAUCUGCAGGGGCAGGCGCUGCCAACAUCCUUGGCAAACCAAGUGCGGUCCCCUCAGCCUUCACCUAGACCCCAGUCUCAGCCACCGCACUCGAGCCCGUCCCCACGCAUGCAGCCCCAGCCCUCCCCACAUCACAUCUCCCCACAGAUGCAAACAGGUUCCCCACACCCUGGCCACCUGAACCAGCACCACCCGGGUAUGGUGGUCCCUCCACAACAACAGCAACAGCAGACGACCCAGCAACAGAAUUCAAUGGAGCAGUUUGGGUCGGACCAGAGUGCCAUGCUGUCUCAGCUGAGCGGCAUGGCUGGUCUCCAUGGCCCGGGGGCCAACAGUCAGGACCCACUGGGCCAGAAUAUGAAUCACAACCCUUUAGACAUCAUGUAGGAACUCUACUUAUUGUGUCAAGCUGAGCUGAAAUGCUCUGUGGUUUUUCGCACAAACUGCACUCACCCAGGACAGUGUUAUUGUUAUUUCUUAGCCUUUCUUUUUAUACUAUUAUUAAAUGUUAUUUAAGAUGUUUUCAAUAAAGAUGCAUUGAACUGAACUUCCUAUGGGAGAUGAACAAUAAAUCAAGCAGUCGUUAAAUAAAUUAGAAUAAAUGAAUUGUAAGUUAUUGCUGUUAAUAUAUUUUUUUGCCAAUUGUGGACAAAGAGGAGGGUGGUUUCUCUAGCGCCCCUUCACCUCCACCUCUUGCAGAAUACAAGAAAGGAGAUAUUUUCGGGGUUCGGGGGGUAAAUAGGAGUACUUGCCUUUUUUAAGAAGUGUUUUUAAGAUUUUAAAAGUGGACAAGAAUUAAAGAGGAAAUGAUUUAAUGCAAAGAACUUUUUUUUUUUUUAUCAGUUUUGUUUCCCAUCAUUCAGUCUGUCUAUUUCUGUUUUGCAGAGUGAUGUGGAUUAUUAUAAAUGUAAAUCCAAACAUGAUGCAUAUCUUCCUUUUUAAAUGUUUGGGUUUGCUUUAUUUAUUGUCUUAUUUUGCGGGAUGGGGGUGUUAUGUACCUUGAGACUGCUACAAUUCAUAUAGAAAUAUAUUUUUGUUACUGACUGUUAAGAAGGGGAGUGGGGGGUGUAGUUAAUAUUACAUUUUACUUUAGAUAUCUUUAGUUGGGUCUGUCCAGGUGGGAAUAAUUAAAUGUCAGUGUUUUUCUGCAGUGGCGAGGGUCUGCUGUGAGUUUGAGAUGUUCAGCAGACAUAUUGAGACGUCCCAGCCAGUUUCUGUAUCGGACAUCUGUCAUGCUGGAAGAGACUCUUCCCCUCGCAAAUGUGCAAGCCCUCUCCCUCGAAUGUGUGCGCACUCCUUUAAAGACACUUAAACAUGGAGCAGUGGAGGCUUGGGGAGGGGGGGUGCAUACCUGUGUGCCUGUAACAUUUUGAGAACAUGGGCUGGGAUGUGGAAAAAAAAAAAUACUGGGUAGGGUGGGAUUUGGGGUCAUCCUUUUAGUGUUUUUAGGAUUCUACUGUUUGGAGUAAACAGAGGAUUUUGAUCCAAAUGAACUGUGUUGCACAGAACUGAGGGGAAAGGAGGAGGAGAUCUGAGCUGUCAGUCUCCGCCUCUUUCUGCCUCAUCCCCUUUGCUGCUUCCCAUGGACUUUAACCCCCCCCUCCCCCCAUCUAACUCCUCUUCCUCCUUCACUGGAGAAAUUGCUCUCCCUCUCCCUAAACUCCACCCCUCUUUAUCUUUCUGCUAAGAACUUUGGGAGUUUAAUUUAAUAUUUUUUACUGUACAAAGGAAACGCAAACUGUGGACUCAAAUACUGUUUUGUUUUUUUUUUUUAUAAUAAAAUGAAAAUUACCAAUA